AGCUUUUUCUGUAAUGUUUAUUUAAUUUUAAUACUUUUUAAUGAGUUGGUGUGUAAUAAUGUUAUAAAUCAAGCAAUAAACUUGAUCAAAGCUCCACUGUUUUAAAGUUAAAUGAUUGUUAAAACAAGACUACUCUUGGACAAAAUCCAAUAACCUAACACUUGCCGGUAUGGAAGCCAAAAGCGAAAUAUUUUCCCAAAGAUUGGUUGUAGCAGUUAUAUGGAAUUUGUGUCUUCAAUGCCUUCUUGCAAUUGUGCUAGUUUUCGUCAUACAGAUUGAUUUACUGCACCCUCUGUCAUGGAUUUCAUCAACGAUACAAGAUAUUUUUGGUUGGAAAAUGGGACUGAAUCUGGUACUUCUUGCCAUGGUAUCUUUUUUCCAAGCUUAUAUAUACGGCAACUACUACAUGAUGCCCAUGCCUAAGUACUUUACGAGGUUUUCCAUGUUUUUGAACAUGUUUUCAGUUCAGAAUAUAACAUUUAGUAUGUUGUAUGCUCUGAGUGGCUAUUUCACUAUGAGUCUGUAUUCAUCUCUAGCAAAAAGCAAUUUCAAUGUACUAAAGAAAAAAUGUGAGAACUACGAUGGGCAAUGCAUAUUGGAGCAAAGUUUAUUCCUGCAGUUUGGAGGUAUGUGGAUGGGACUAUAUUAUUUCUUGAAUGGACACAUUUUUGGGACCUCAGUUUUAUUGUUCCCGCACAUUUAUCAAGAUAAGUUCCAGCAGUUAAAAUUGUCCAUCAGUAACAUCUUGUCCAUGGGCUUCAAACAUGCCGUUGCUCCUGUGAUUUAUUUUAGCAUAUUUUACUAUGUUUGGGGCAACAAACCAAGAAGUGUUGUGUCUGAAGUCUAUGGCCUAUUUUUGGAAGAUCCCCCACUGGAUAACAUACUGAAUUUGAUUGCCUCUGGAAUCUGGAUUGGACUGUGGUUUUAUACCAGUUUGUUUUUGAUAUCUGUCUACACAAUGAGAACAAUAUUCAACAUCAUACUAACUGAACCCAUGAAGUUUCCCAUUGAGUCAGAUUCAUGCCUGACUCUGUACAAUGCACUGGAGCAAAGAAACCAAUUCAAUGGCUACUUGGGAGCUCAAGACUUGAGGAUUAUGGCAAUGACUGACCCAGCAAGACGUCAACAUAUUUUUACUCUUUCGCAACCUGGCGGACAUCCAAGGAACUGGAACAAUCUGUUGCAAAAAUGUCUGACGAUUGUCAAUGAAUUUAGCAAAGAACUUGGCAACAUAAAUUCAGAUGGAAAACCUAUAGAAAUGGAAAACUCAGGAAACAAAAAAUUAUUGAAUGUGACUCCUCAUGUUGGAUUAUAUUCAAGCAAUUUGAGAAACAUGGCACAAUCACCAGAGUUACUUCAUAUGAAAGAUCAUAAUAAAAAUAAACUUGAAGACACUUUUGCAGAUGUUGCCAAGGAAGAAUUUAAUCUUUUCCUACAUAAACUAUGCCAAAAGCCUGGAAUAAACUACUUCUUUGGUGAGCUUACUGAUACACGGCUGAAAUUUUUGUUAAUGCAAGCGCAGCCAGUUAUGUGGACAUGUGAAGGAUUAGCGUUUAUUGCUGCAGCCUCACUCAAAGAAGAUAAUUAUGGGGUGGUCCAGAAUGAUUUACCAGUUGUUAUAUCAGCUAUGAUAAAUCUCAAACAUAGCAUAGACAAACUAUCAAAACCUGGCCUUAUUCACCGAAAACAUAUUCUCAAUGAUAUGUUUGCAAUUAAAAUUAAAUCUGCCCUCAUUUCAUCUGUCAAGAGAAGUAUUUACAAGAUUGUUAUAACAUUCUCAAAGUACAUCCAUGAGAUACCAUUAGAUCCUGAUGUCCAAAUUGCCUUGCAGCCAUUUUUAUUAUGUAAAGAAGCUUAAUUUAAAGACUAGAAUAAAUUAAAUUUGUAUUUUU